UCCUCUGGCUCUUCACAGGACCCAGUGCAGAUUUUUCGGGCCUACUGCUCAGAUGAGCCCCAUUUAGAGGACCCUCCCUUCCUCUCAUUUUAUUGACAGAUGUAUUAUUCUCCUUCUGUUGUUGUGUUUACUGAAAAACAUGGCUUCCGCAUCAUGCCAAAAUAAAACUGCUACCAAAAGAAAAAUAGCGGAUGAAAGGAGAGUGUUUCAGGAGAAAUGGACUGACGACUAUUUCUUUGUUGAAUCUAAUAAUAUAGCACUUUGCUUACAAUGCAGAGAAGUGGUACCUGUUUUCAAGGAUUACAAUUUGAAACGGCAUUAUAUUCAAAUGCACCCCAAAUUAAGUGAAUUUCAAGGAGUGUGCCAUAAACAAAAAAUAUUAGAUGUAAAGAAAAAUAUUAGAUUCCAACAACAGCUGUUUCGAAAAUCGGCUACUCAACCGGAUUCCUUAGUGAAAGCAAGUUAUGUUGUAGCAAACUUAAUUGCUAAAAAAUCCAAGCCAUUUGCUGAUGGCGAAUUUAUAAAAGAAUGCCAUGAAAGUGUAGCAGACAUAAUCUGUCCUGAAAAAAAAUCUGAUUUUUCCAAAAUAAGUUUAUCUCACCAGACAAUCGCUAGGCGUGUGGAAGAUAUAUCAAAAUAUACUGAAAAUACUUUGGAAUCUCGGUGUGCAACUUUCAAGUUUUACUCCAUAGCUUUGGAUAAGAGCACAGAUGUUACAGAUACGGCACAACUUGCCAUAUUUAUUCGAGGCGUUGACAAGGAUUUCGGUAUUACUGAAGAACUGGCCUCUCUGGUACCACUGAAAGAUACCACAAAGUCUAUUGAUCUCUAUAAAGCACUAAAGCAACACUGGCAAGAUUUUCCUUGACCAUCGAAAACAUGUCUGGCAUAGUAACUGAUGGUGCCUCCAGCUAUGAUUGGAAAGAAGGAAGGUUUAACAACACUGAUGGAAGAUGAUGCAAAACAGAUCAGUAAUGUGUGUUUUAUGAAGUACCACUGCAUUAUACAUCAAGAAAAUCUGUGUGCACUGACUUUAAAAAUGGAAGAUAUUAUGAAUGCUGUUAUUAAAACAAUAAAUUUUAUAAGAUCCAGAGGAUUAAUUCACAGCUAUGGAUACAUUGUGUACUUCACUGCAGUAAGGUGGUUAAGUCAUGGUAAAAUGCUGAAAGGUUUUUAUGAUUUGAGAAAUGAAAUAAAGUGCUUUAUGGAGUCAAAAGGAAAGCCUGUACCCGAAUUUGAAAAUGCUAACUGGAUGGCUGAUUUAGCAUUCUUAGUAGACAUCACUGCUCAUUUAAAUGACCUGAACCUGUGCCUCCAAGGUGAAAAUCUACUAAUAACUGACAUGUUUCAAAUAGUGACGGCAUUUGAAGUGAAACUGAAAUUAAUACACUGUCAGAUUAAGAACAGUAACUUCAUUCACUUUCAAACACUGUCUGAACAAAGCCACAUAAAUACUGAAAAAUAUGCAGCAUUAAUUAAUAGUUUAGCACAGGACUUUCAGAGCAGAUUUCAAGAUUUCAGAAAACACCAACAGCAUUUCAGUAUAUUUGCUACUCCUUUUUCAAUUGACAUCAACAUGUUGCCUGCAAACCUGCAAAUGAAAUGCAUAGAAUUGCAGUCAGAUAUACAACUUAAAGAAAAAAUUCUGCAAGCGUCUUUAAUGGAGUUUUAUAAGUUGUAUCUGCCAAAAGAAAAAUGUCCGUCACUUCAUGAACAUGCCCUGUUCAUGACAUCUCUGUUGGGGAGUGCGUACAUUUGCGAGCAAUUUUUUUCUCGCAUGAAAUAUACAAAAAAUAAAAUCAGAACUAAAAUUUCAGAUGAGCAUCCUUGAAAAUACUCUUUGCAUCGCCACUACCUCUAUCAAAACAGAUAUAGAUGCACUGGUAUCACAAAGACAGGCUCAGUAUUCACAUUAAAAAGAUUAUGCUGAUAAUGUUUGUUUACUACACAAAAGAACAAUCUUGGCUUGACAGCCUGAACCUCCUGAUAUGGAAACUAAGUAUAACAAGAACUAUGACCAGUAUGUUUGAAUUCUGCAAAGGUCUGUGCCUAGCUUCACCCUUGUGAAAAGGUUUCAUGAAUAAACACCGUCACUACUAAUAAAGUCAGUUAUUUGCGGAAAUUUGUGAAAUGUAAACACUGGAAGACCGCUUUCAAAUUUUCGGGAAACGACUCAAGUUGGAGACGUAUAGUGAGCUAAGGAAGAAGUACAAAAAGGUGUCAUCUGAUAAUGUUAUGCCUCAUUGGGUGAUCUGUACAAGUCAUCUGAUGACGCUACAACUCAUUGGGUGAUCUGUACAAGUCAUCAGCUGAAAUGUGCACUCAUGGACCUUCUUUCAUCUUCAGACCAGCCUGACCAGAUGUAGCAUGUCCUGAAUAAUUUCAGGGACAGAUUCCAAAGCUAG